AUGGGGAGGAAAAAGAAAAACAUCAGAGAGAAGCCAGAAAGGAGGAAACAGGAGAAAGAAAGAAAAGAAGAGGUUGUAAAAUAUUUUCUCCCCUUUGUAUGUGAUGGCUGUUCAGGUGUCUUUUGCCUGCAGCACAGGAGCCGGGAUGCUCAUGGGUGUUCUGAGGUGAAUAUAAGAAACCAUUCUAUGAAACCAGAUCAGCACAGAUUUCACCCGUGCUCAUACAAGGACUGCAACGGAAAGGAGCUUUUGCCAGUCUUAUGUCCCUACUGUGAAAAACAUUUUUGUCUCAGACACCGGCAUCAAUCAGACCAUGAAUGUGAGAAACUAGACGCACCAAAACCUCGCAUGGCUGCCACUCAGCAGCUCAUUAAACGUAUUGUAGAUUCUAAAAAAACCGAGGAAGCAAAAAGCAAAAAACGAAAAGGAGCAAAAAACAGUGAGACAGCAGCAAAAGUGGCAUUAAUGAAACUGAAAAUGCAUGCGUGUGGGGACAAGUCCUUGCCUCAGACAGAAAGAAUUUACUUUCAAGUAUUUUUACCAAAGGGGAGCAAAGAGAAAAGCAAGCCCAUGUUCUUUUGCAGUAAGUGGAGUAUUGGCAAAGUAGUAGAUUUUGCAGCUUCCUUAGCAAGCCUUAAAAAUGACAACAACAAAUCAACAGCCCAGAAAUUGAGAUUAUGCCAUACUGCCUCUGGAGAAGCCUUGCCAUUUGAGCAUACAUUGGAAACAUGGCUAUCUGAUGAAGAAUAUCCAUUGUACAAUGGUGGAAAUAUAAUUUUGGAGUAUCUUAAUAAUGAUGUUCUAUUUAUAGAAGACAUAGAGUCGUACUUUAGUUAAUCAGUCAAUUACCACAAACAGAAAAAAACGGAAUUUUUUUUUGAGGUAUGGUAUUCAAACCAAGUCCAGUUU